ACGUGAGAGCAAGAAAACCAAAUUCCCUCCCUUUCUCUUUCCAAACACCAAAAAACAAAAGCAAGAGGAAAAAAAAAAAAAAUCUCAUGCCUCAAAAUCCCCCCUCUCAGCCUCAGAAGAACAAUUACAGGGUGUUUGGAAACAUGGCGUUGGUUGUUCCAAAGGAGCUUGAAGAAUUCGAAAAGUCUUCUUCUUUGACUUCUCCAAGGCCUUUUGACAUCCGAUUUCAAGUCCCCAAUUUCAGGGUUCCCAUUAGAGAUUUCUUGAGGACUAGAGAAGUUGGUGAGUUUCUUAGUGGAGCUUUAGCGGGGGCUAUGACCAAAGCUGUUCUCGCUCCCCUAGAGACUAUCAGGACAAGAAUGGUGGUUGGUGUAGGAUCCAAAAACAUAUAUGGUAGUUUUAUUGAGAUAAUUGAGCAGCAAGGUUGGCAAGGACUGUGGGCUGGAAAUGGAAUUAAUAUGCUUAGAAUAAUUCCCACCCAAGCAAUUGAGCUUGGAACAUUUGAGUGUGUCAAGCGCACAAUGACAUCAGCACAAGAGAAAUGGAAUCAGAUUGAAAGCCCAAAAGUGCAAAUCGGUCAUGUUAAUAUCAACUUUUCUCUUUCCUGGAUUUCUCCAGUUUCUGUAGCUGGUGCAGCUGCUGGAAUUGUUAGCACACUUGCAUGCCAUCCUCUUGAAGUUCUCAAGGAUAGGCUGACUGUCUGUCCUGACAUAUACCCUAGCUUAAGCAUUGCAAUUAGCAAGAUUUACAGGGAUGGUGGUGUUGGUGCCUUUUAUGCUGGUAUCUCUCCGACACUAAUUGGCAUGCUUCCCUACAGUACAUGUUACUAUUUUAUGUAUGAAAAAUUAAAGAAAUCCUACUGCCAAACAAAGAAGAAAAAAUCUCUAAAUCGUCCAGAGAUGCUUCUAGUUGGAGCUUUUGCAGGUUUUACUGCUAGCACCAUCAGCUUUCCCUUGGAAGUUGCCAGAAAACGGUUGAUGGUGGGAGCUGUGCAGGGUAAGUGUCCGCCAAACAUGGCAGCAGCACUUGCUGAAGUCAUUCGGGAUGAGGGCUUGACGGGUCUUUACAGAGGGUGGGGUGCAAGCUGUUUAAAAGUAGUGCCCUCCUCUGGUAUCACCUGGAUGUUUUAUGAAGCUUGGAAAGACAUAUUACUUGUUGAGAAGCGCAUUUUAUAAUGGCUCCAGAAAAAAAACUUCUCGCAGCUAACUAGUCGAGACUGAUGAUACUUGGGGCCCCAUUCUAUAAAAGUGCCAGAGGGUGCUAGCAUUGUAGUGGAUUCAGGGUUGUUUGUGGAAGCUCUGGGAUGGAAUCCAGGGGCUGAUGUUAUGGUAUGGUAUUUACGAGUAUGAGAUGCUAGUUUUGGGGCAAUUUCUACAGAAAUUUUGUUUUAUUUAAUUCUACAGAAUUAUUAGGUGAGCUUCAAUUUUGGGGUCACAUUCAGUAUUGACAUGUACCAACAGAUUUCUUAUGUCACAUGAUUACCAGUAUAAAAUUUUUUGACCAAUUUGGUUUCUAAAUCAUUCUUUUAAUUGUUUUGCGCCUGUCCUUUUGUCAUUUUCGAUAAUAAAUUCAAAUUAAUUUGAUAACCAACUGGUUAAUCAAAUUAAUUCAAUUUAGUUGAUCAGUUCAGUUGAUUAACCGAAUUAACCCCACUCUCGAGUAGGUUCCAUCAAAAACUGUAAUCUUGAACCUAAGAUAUCGCAAUAGCUGUUUAGAGAGUGUCUAGGUAAGAGCAUCUGGCUGUUGGUCUCUAGAAUAACAAAUAUACUUUCAUUAGGCUUAGUUUGUAUUCUCAUAU